UGCAUAAAUUUGUCUUCCACCUCUCUGCAGUCCAGACAGCUUAUUCCACACAAAUCUCUUCUUUUGUUUCCUCAAUGCUACCAAAAGCCUCACCUACCGAUUGUGCCGCCUAUGAGAAAGAAUUCUAUGAUGCUUGUGACAACGCCGACGGAGAUAAAAUCAUGAGCUUUCUCGGCCACGCAAAACUCUCUUCCGAGACUCUCUGCAAAGGAUUCGAAUCUGCGUGUAAGAACGGUGAUCUACGAAAAGUCAAAGAGGCCCUCGCCAGCAAGCAACUCCCUACGGAGACUCUCAAAAACGGACUAUAUGUCGCCACCUUUAACGGACAUUUGGAUAUCGUGACCGCGCUCUUCAAGGCCCGCGUGCCCAGGACACCCCUAUCAGUAGGCGCUCUCAGCGUAUCUCAAGACCCGCGCAUUAUUCGUCUCUACUUCGAUCGUGGCCUGAAACCCUCAAAUUGUAAGACGAGCCGCGGCGAGCCUCUUCUACGUUUUGUAGAUGCCGCCUGUGCCCGCGAGUUCCUUGAGAGGGGUGUUGAUCCCAAUCGUUGCGGUCCGAAGAAGAUACCCCCCCUCGCCAGCGCCGUUGAGAGUGCCUAUGAAGACGGCGGAGCUCUGUUCGACCUGCUUGUCGAAUAUGGAGCCAAGAUAGAAGGUAGCCUUUUCUUCUACGCUAUCAAUCGGAGCUUGUCGAAUACAGCUUUCAAGACAAGAUUCCUUCUUAGCAGGGGUCUGAAUCCGAACGUGACCUCGGCGGAAUGGGGCACGCCUUUACAUUGCGCCGUCCAUUUCGCCAUGCAGGAUGUCAUCCAAGUACUGCUAGACGCGGGUGCCGAUCCUACGAUGCGAGUAGAGUGCAGACAAUUCCCUAACGAAACUCCCGCGGAGGUAGCCGAGUUUAUGAGGCAGUCUGAUCCUGACGAUGAGGAGGAAUUUAGGAGGGUGCUCAAUCUCCUCCCAGAUGCCCCGGUCGAUCAAAAUACUUCUCAAACUACUUUAUCUGAGCAACCUACCGAUGGGAGUCAAUUGGAACAAACGAAAAUGAACGCCAAGCGUGUGCAUGGAUCAAACCCGGUGCAAGCUCAUACUGAAAAGCGGAGUAUCCAGGAUGCCACAGAGCCUACCGAAAGGAACAUAAGAACCAAAAAACAGCACACUGCUUCCAAGAGCUCCCCGAAGAAUGUAUUCUCUCAGGAUAAUAUCAGCAGUCGAACACGGAGUCGUACCAAUGUUGUCCCUUAG